CCUGUGCAGAACACCUGUGCUUCCAACCCGGCUUUGAGGGGGCUAAGUUUAUGAGAACUACAUGGACCCACAUUUGAUUUGAAUUUAAGAUUACAAUUACAACCUGGCACACACUGUUGGCUAUUUUAGUAUUGUGUAUAUCAUUUGUAUUGAAUAUGGAAGUAAUCAUAUUCCCUUUUUACAGAGUGCCUCCGUUAAAUCUCGGUAAACUUGGCGAUUGGGAGGAUGAGGAUGCCUGGUAUGUUCCGGCAAGUGAGAGACCUCCUCGUAUCGCUACCCCAGACUCCUCUUCCACGUUCAGCUGGGGACGUCCGAUGUCUGCACGCGCUUGCCAGACCACAAUGAAACCCUGCAAGAAAACAGCCAUUGGCAAAAAGCCCCCUCCAUGGGAAGAGGAGAAGGUGAUCUCGGAGGACCUGCCCCCUCCCUCAGAGAGACACAGGAGGCAGUACCAGCAGUAUCAGGCUGAGAUGAAGGACAGCUUCAGACUGCACAGCCAGAGAGGGCAGCAGCCCAGCCACCAAGCCCAGCAACCCAGCCACCAACCCAGCCACCAAGCCCAGCAACCCAGCCACCAACCCCAUCAACCCAGCCACCAAGCCCAGCAACCCAGCCACCAACCCCAUCAACCCAGCCAGCAACCCAGCCACCAAGCCCAGCGACCCAGCCACCAAGCCCAGCAGCCGGUGGUCUGUGAGGAGGAUCUGACCCCCCAGGACGAGAGAGCCAUGCUGCAACAGUGUUACACCAGCAAGCCCUACACCCCCCAGCACAGCCAGAGGAAACUGGAGGCAGAGGACCUUGCUAUUCUUAGAAGGAAGCAAGCAGUGGUGGAGCAAGUUAUGGUGGACCAACUGUCCAGGGCGGUCAUAAGCGACCCGGAUCAGAACCUGACCCGGUCUGAACAGACCUCGCCUGCUGAAACUAGCUCUACGCCUCUGCGCUUCAGGAGAAGAACUUUACACGAGACACAGGUGAAAACCAGGUCAGCUUUAACUGAGAAUUUAUUGUCAAACAAGCUGCGCUUUGAUGCCAGAAUCUUAUCAAGGAACGGGCGUGACGCUAGCAGGGAGCUCAUCGGGUUUUUCUUCGCGUACGAUAAAACGCUGACCAUUUACGAAUACCGCCAGUUCGGCAGAAACAGGACCAACGCCCUCCCCUUCAUUCCCAAGGGCUGCUACAAACACGAGAGCGGGAGAAGGAAGGGUAUGCAGUUCAGCAUUCACGACUUCUACGUGGGGGCGACAUUGUCGUUUUCCUCGCAUGGGAAAAGCCUCCCUGAGAACAUGAAGCAGAGGCCUUUGCUGCUGCUGCGGAUCACUGAUGUGGACGAGCUGGUGAAGGACAUGCUUCUGGCCUCUACAGGAGACCGGAAACAGGGUCUGUUCAGAGAGGAGCUGGAGGACAGGACCAUCCUGAUGGCAAUUCAAGGAGCUCUGCGGGACACUUUGAAGAAGAGGGCGGUUCGCACGCUGACAGGGCUGGGCAGGCUGCUGCGGGGGGCGGAUACUUCCGGAGACGGAGUCCUGGAUAAGCAGGAGAUCCGCAGGGCCUUGGAGGACUUCCACCUCGCCCUGCCGGAUAAGGACUUGGAUGCUGUGUGGCGUAUACUGGAUCAAAAUGGCGACGGCCAGGUGGAUUAUGGGGAAUUCAUUCGGGGAGUGAUCGGAGAAAUGAAUGAGUCCCGCAAGUCUUUCGUCAGAAAGGCAUACAUGAAGCUGGACCCAAAUAAAACUGGCAGUGUCCCCAUGACUGACGUCGAAAAAUUCUACUGUGCCAAGGGUCACCCGACGGUCAUAUCAGGAGUGUCCACGGAGGAGGAGCUGAAGAUGGGGUUCGUGCAGUCGCUGCGGGAGGCCUGUCGGGACCGCAGGGAGGUGUCGUACUGCGAGUUUGAGGACUACUACGAGGGCCUGAGCAUCGGCAUUCCCUGCGAUCAGGACUUCGCCAACGUCCUGAAGAACUCCUGGGGAAUAUAAGCGUGCCCGCGUGUACUCAGCGAUGCAAAAAUGUGGAUUCGCAAAUACGCAAUGAGCUACAAGCCAGCUGACGAAAGGAGGGUCCGACAGGUGCUCUACAACCAGGACAGAUUGAUUUACGCAAGACUCCUUACCCAGACAACUUUGCAGGGGCUAGCUCGAAAUAAGAGACAGUGGACCUCACGAGAAAUGCACUCCGUUUAAUGCGUGACCGACGUUUCAACAUCAAACGACAUUUUCACGAAAAACAGAGAAAAAAAAAAUAUGGAUUCCUUUUUUUCUUAGCUGAGUGACGCACUAAGUUUCAAAUGCCUUGUGUGUUUACAAACCAGAGUAUUGUAUUUUUGAAUAUGCUGUUCACCUGGUUUCAGGGAGUACGUUAUGAAGUGGACAGAUAUCAACCGAAAGCAGAUGGUUAAACUUCUUCAGUAAUUAUUGAUCUAUUGUUUCUUGUGAUGAAAGAAAGAAAUGUUUGUGUGGAGGAAAAAGCCUGAAGUUGGUAUUUAGAUUAAAGGCCAGCAGAUGGCACCGAAGUUGGAGUGAGUAAAUAGAAAAUAUUAACAUGGCAGCACUGUAAACAAACAAUAAACAAAAACAAUAAUGUUUGAUAUUUAUUUUAUUUGUAUUGGGCAAAGUGCAUUCACAGGUAAUAUAUGCAAAGAUAAGAAUACCAAAUGUGAUGUUUAUUCUACUAGGUUGUUUUCUAUUAUUGUU